AUGCCGGCGGCGGGGGGCGGCCAGGCCGAGCUGGGCCCGCGCGGCGGCCCGCUGCGGCGGCGGGAGUCCCGCCGGGUGCCGGGGGGCCCGGCGCGCCCCGCCGCCGCUGCUGCCCCCCCCCGCCCCCCCUCCCGCGCGGCUCGCCCGGCGGCGCUGGCCCUCGUCACCCUCCUCAGCUUCGCCUCCCGCUUCCACCGCCUGCCGGAGCCACCGCACGUCUGUUGGGAUGAAACCCAUUUUGGGAAGAUGGGAAGCUACUACAUUAAUCGGACCUUCUUCUUUGAUGUCCACCCCCCUUUGGGGAAGAUGCUGAUUGGACUUGCUGGCUACCUUAGUGGAUAUGAUGGUACCUUUCCUUUCCAAAAGCCAGGGGACAGAUACGAGCAGCACAACUACAUGGGAAUGAGAGGGUUCUGUGCGUUCCUUGGCUCCUGCCUGGUUCCCUUCGCCUACCUCACAGUGUUGGAACUGUCAAAGUCAUUGCCAGCAGCCUUACUCACAGCUUUCAUCCUUAUUUUUGAUACGGGCUGUAUUACUUUGUCACAGUAUAUUCUGCUGGAUCCCAUUCUGAUGUUCUUCCUCAUGGGAGCUGUUCUGAGUAUGGUGAAAUCUAACAGCUGUGCGGAUAGGCCAUUUUCUGCCUCCUGGUGGUUCUGGCUGAGUCUGACUGGUGUGAACCUUGCUGGAGCAACAGGGGUAAAAUUUGUUGGCCUUUUUGUAGUCCUCUUGGUUGGCCUGAACACGAUCUAUAACCUAUGGGACUUGCUGGGGAACCUCAGCCUGUCACUGGUGAUGUUUGGGAAGCAUUUACUGGCUCGUGUACUCUGCCUCAUCCUGCUCCCGCUUGCCCUCUACACGGCUAUGUUUGCUGUUCAUUUUACAGUAUUAAAUAAAAGUGGUCCAGGGGAUGGUUUCUUCAGUUCAGCAUUUCAGUCCCAGCUGAUCGGGAACAAUCUUCAUAAUGUCUCCGUUCCAGAGCACUUGGCGUAUGGGUCUGUGGUCACAAUGAAGAACCUCCGGAUGGCAGGGGGAUACCUUCACUCCCACUGGCACCUCUACCCGGAGGGCAUUGGGGCUCGCCAGCAGCAGGUCACUGCCUACUUACAUAAAGAUUCAAAUAACCUCUGGAUUAUAAAGAAACAUGAUUCAGAUACAGAUCUGUCAGUCCCUUCGAGCCCUGUGGAGUUUGUGAGGCACGGAGAUAUUAUUCGUCUGGAACAUAAAGAAACUUCUAGAAAUCUUCACAGUCACCAGCAUGAGGCUCCCCUGACAAGGAAACAUUUUCAGGUCACUGGCUAUGGAAUAAAUGGAACAGGAGACUCCAAUGAUUUCUGGCGGAUUGAAGUGGUGGGCAGAAAGACUGGGAAGCUCAUCAAAGUCCUACGGAGUCAGGUCCGGCUAACGCAUGUGGCCACAGGGUGUAUAUUGGGCUCUUCUGGAAAGACGCUGCCAAAAUGGGGUUGGGAACAAGUGGAAGUCACCUGCACACCAUACCUGAAGGAGACUCCCAAUUCCCUCUGGAACUUUGAAGAUCAUAUUAACCCUAAGUUGCCCAAUAUCAGCCUGGAUGUCUUGAAGCCCUCUUUUGCAGAAAUUCUGCUAGAAACCCACAUGGUUAUGAUCCGGGGAAACAGCGGCCUCAAACCAAAGGACAAUGAAGUUACAUCCAAACCUUGGCACUGGCCCAUCAACUACCAGGGCCUGCGUUUUUCUGGUGUCAAUGAGACCGAUUAUCGAGUUUAUUUGCUGGGAAACCCGGUGAUUUGGUGGCUAAAUCUGGUCACUAUUGGGUUAUAUCUUCUGAUAACAGUUUCCACUGCAGUGGCCCUGAAGAGAGGUAUCCAACUGACAUCUGAACUGAAAGAACUGUCCAGAGUCGUGCUACGUGGUGGUGGGCAGAUCAUGCUGGGCUGGCUCCUUCAUUACCUCCCUUUUUUUAUGAUGGGACGAGUUCUCUACUUUCACCACUACUUUCCUGCCAUGCUUUUUUCCAGCAUGUUGACAGGAAUCACCUGGGACACACUACUGAAGUUCUGUGCUGCGUUCUUGUCACCCAGCACUACAGCUAGAAAAGUAUAUGGAGGGGGGUUCCUGGCACUGGUUCUGCUCAUCAUGUACAGCUUCUACCUCUUCCAUCCUCUGUCCUAUGGGAUGAUAGGACCCAUGGCCUCUGACCCUAGCAGCCCCAUGGCAGGGCUCCGGUGGAUGGACUCCUGGGAGUUCUAGAGCCAGCGAAGGGAGCCUGGGAACAGCAGAUGAGAAGCAUGAGAUCUGCUGCAUGUCAGGCUGAUUCUGGUGCUUUGGAGUCAAGUGACUGUAAAAUGUCCUCUCUGGAGAACUCUGGGUAUAGUAGCCCUGUUGCUUUGGCAUUUGUUUGCACUGCCUGCAUUGGAAGAUGCAGAGGAUGACCACGAGAAGGUCUUCUUAAAAAGACUUAUGUCCUGAAUCCUUAGGUUAUAUUCCUGGACAACUGGCUGCUUAAAUCUCAAUACUUUCAAGCAACAUACAUCAGUCAAACAGCAGUGGCAUUCCAGCAGUCAGACCAGUACAAGUUGGAGGCUGUGUGUAGUUGCAUGUUCACAUGUAUGCGCGUCUGCCUUCCUGUAAUCUAAACACCGUUACAGUUUGAGAGCCAGACAGUGUCUGAGACGUUAGGACUUUUAUCAUGAUUAACAACCUUUCUUAUGGUGAGGUUUUUGAAAGCUUCAUAUAGGCAUCUGGGGACCUCCGUUCUGCCCUGCCCUGGCUGUCUGCAUUUUUUUUAUUCUGACCCUGAAUUUUUACAAUGUGACUGAACAGGGUCUACUUGACAUCUCCUGAGCCACUGUGCCUUGCCUGUCUCCCAAGCCCUCUGCAGACAGAGGAGAUGGAGAUUGUUUAUCCCCGUAUACUGCCUUGCUUCCUGGUCACCUUUAAUAAUUGAUAAGAAUCACCUAGCAGGCCUGUGCUCGGAGCCAGACUGUUCCAGCUCAGCACUUUGUAGCUUCUUUGCAGUUCUGUCUGAAACUGCUAAGGAAAUUACAGUGGAAAUAGCAGGUGAUUUAUUUUCUGCCCCAGUAUGCUGUGAAGACCAGCUUCUUGGGUGUAUACUACAGACUGAAAUGAUAGCUUGGAAAUUUUACAGACAGCUAUCAUUCAUCUUUUGAUCCCAGCUAUUCCAGUGCCAGUACCUGUGCUUUUAGGGGGAAGGCUUCAUCUUAAUGAAUGUAGCAUCUGCAAAACUGGCUGUCAGUGCCACGGUAUCUGCUCACUGUAUUCCAAUAUUGAGCAAGUUCCCUCUCGUAGAUAGCUGAACAUCAAAUUACUGUAUUGAAGGAAAUGUGAGGCCAGGCAAAAAUUCUUUGUCUGUUAAGUGUCAAGAGCCAUUGGAUGUUGAAUCUACCCCCUCCAAGAAAGUGGAAUUCUAUUUAUCAGGUGCCUUUCUCCAGUGUUAGGUCUAUUUUUGUAAAUGUUCCUUUCAUUUCAUCUCCUACUCUUCACCCAAUUUAAAUUUCUUGUCACAGUUCAAGGUUGCUACCUUGUAGCAUCCAACAUGAAUGAUCCCAGCUGUGUUCCUGUCUCAAGAAGUAAUAUUUGCAAAACUCUUUUGUGUAUGUUUCAAGGAACUCAAGCCUUUCAUUUCAGAGUUCUUGCUCUGCUUCUCAGCCUUGCAUCAAAAUUACAGUUAAAAAGAGAGCA